AUAGCACAUACCAGGAAGUGUAGGAGCCUUCCUUCUCCUUAGUGUCUGGUGUAAUGUCAACGCUGCGAAAUCUGUAGCAUGGCAAUGACGGUGUAGUCGGACGGGAUCGCAAGCUCUUGAUACCAGCACAAUCAUGUGGAGUCGAUUUAAGGCUAUACAGAAGAACAAAACUGCCAGAUAUGGCAUUCCGAUGCUGUUGCUGGUCAUUGGCGGCUCUUUCGGACUCCGAGAAUUCACACAGAUUCGAUAUGACGCACAGAAGCUAAAGAAGAAGCUUGACCCAGCGCUGGAGGCCCGAGUGAACCUCCAGAAGCAGUCCGUCAUUCUGGAGGAGGAGUACGAGAAAAUGAAGGAUCUGAAUGUAGAUGGUUGGAAAAAUAUCCGGGGGCCACGUCCAUGGGAGGACUCCCGCGAGUACCAGGACCAGCAGCGGGCCCAGCAGAGCAAGGGGCUGUAGUGGCACCAGACCCAGAAAAGAGAGGCUUCACGCUGGAUGGUUCCAAAGGAAGGAGUGGGCAGGAUAUCAGGGACUGAUGGACUG